GGGAAACUGAGCCAUGACUCGAUCAUCCUGCCCCCUGCUCUUUCCUCCAGGGCCCUGUCUCUCUGCCUGUCUCUCCUGCCAUGUCUUACCAUUCCUUCCAGCCGGGCUCCAGAUGUGGCAGUCAGAGUUUCAGCUCGUACUCGGCUGUCAUGCCACGGAUGGUCACCCACUAUGCAGCCAGCAAGGGGCCAUGCCGGCCGGGGGGUGGUGGGCGCCUCCGAGCUCUAGGCUGCCUCAGCUCACAGAGCCUGUGCAACUUGGGCUUCGGGAGGCCCCGGGUAGCCUCCAGGUGUGGAGGUACCCUGCCUGGCUUUGGGUACCGACUGGGGGCCACCUGUGGGCCUUCUGCCUGCAUCACCCCUGUAACCAUCAAUGAGAACCUGCUGGUCCCCCUGGCACUGGAGAUCGACCCGACCGUGCAGAGGGUGAAGAGGGAUGAGAAGGAGCAGAUCAAGUGCCUCAAUAACCGCUUCGCAUCCUUCAUCAACAAGGUCCGUUUCCUGGAGCAGAAGAAUAAGCUGCUGGAGACCAAGUGGAACUUCAUGCAGCAGCAGAGGUGCUGCCAGACCAACAUCGAGCCCAUAUUCGAGGGCUACAUCAGCGCCCUUCGGCGGCAGUUGGACUGUGUGUCCGGGGACCGUGUGAGGCUAGAGUCGGAGCUCUCUAGUCUCCAGGAUGCCCUGGAGGGCUACAAGAAAAAAUAUGAAGAGGAGCUCGCCUUACGCCCCUGUGUCGAAAAUGAGUUUAUUGCUUUGAAGAAGGACGUGGACACAGCCUUCCUGAUGAAGGCUGACCUGGAGACCAAUGCAGAGGCGCUGGUGCAGGAGAUUGACUUUCUGAAAGGCCUGUAUGAGGAGGAGACCUGCCUGCUCAGGUCUCAGAUCUCUGAGACCUCAGUCAUUGUGAAGAUGGACAACAGCCGGGAGCUGGACGUGGACGGCAUCAUCGCUGAGAUCAAGGCACAGUACGACGACAUCGCCAGCCGCAGCAAAGCUGAAGCAGAGGCCUGGUACCAGUGCCGGUAUGAGGAGCUGAGAGUCACAGCUGGGAACCACUGCGACAACCUCCGUAACCGCAAGAAUGAGAUCCUGGAAAUGAACAAGCUGAUCCAGCGGCUGCAGCAGGACAUCGAGAAUGUCAAAGCCCAGCGUUGCAAACUUGAGGGUGCCAUCGCGGAGGCAGAGCAGCAGGGUGAGGCAGCUCUCAACGAUGCCAAGUGCAAGCUGGCAGGGCUGGAGGAGGCUCUGCAGAAGGCCAAGCAGGACAUGGCCUGCCUGCUCAAGGAGUACCAGGAGGUGAUGAACUCCAAGCUGGGCCUGGACAUCGAGAUCGCCACCUACAGGCGCCUGCUGGAGGGUGAGGAGCACAGGCUGUGUGAAGGCAUUGGACCUGUGAAUAUCUCGGUGAGCAGCUCCAAAGGUGCCAUCCUGUACGAGCCAUGUGGGGUCAGCACACCUGUCCUUAGCACCAGCGUCCUCAGGGGCAAUGGGGGCUGCAGCGUCGCGGGCACCAGUGAGCUGUAUGUCCCCUGCGAGCCCCAAGGGCUACCAAGCUGUGGGAGCGGGCGGAGCUCCAGCACAAAGCUAGGGGCUGGGGAAAGCUGCUCCAGUCACAAGCGUUAGCACGGCCCCAGACACUGGACAUCCAGGAGACAGGGCCCCAGCCCCAUGGCCCUGGGUGUCACACCCCCACCAGGGCUGAAGACAAGGAUGUUCCAGGACCCCUCAUCCCCGUAUUGACUCCACAUCCCCCUCCAGUGUUCCCCGAUUGGGAACUGAGCUGCCCCUCGGGCCCCUCCUUUCCCUCACCAGUCACCUCCAACUCAGCUGUGUGCAGACCCUCAGCUAGGCCCAGAUGGUGGGGACAGAAGGCAGAGAAAGAGAAUUCAUCGUUCCUAACCCCAGAAUGGCAGUAGCCCCCAGAAGGCCAAAUGGGCACACCACAGUUCUGCUCUGUGGAUCAUCCCAUGGACAGUUCCCCGCAGAGCCAGCUCCUCGUCCCCGCAGACUCUCUACACUGCCCUUACUUCGGGCUCUCGUGCCCCUAAGAAAAGUGAAUUUCCUUUAACACCAUCUGAAAUGUGCACCACUGCAAAUAUCAAAAGGAGACACUCCCAGAUCCCACUCUGAAUUCCAAAGCCAAGUGCCACAAUUUCAGGAUCAGUCGGGACCCGCCAAUGUCCCCUCAGCACAGAGAAUCAAGAGGUGGCCUUUGGCCAGUAGAUUUACUUUGGCAGGUAUGUUGAACCCAAACUAUGAAAACAAAUCUUUCUCCUGAGCACACAUUGGCCGGUGAUAUCAGGCAAAUGCCUAGAACAAAGGGCAAGGGAAUAUGGAAUGUUUACUGGAUAGAUGGAAAACCAAAAACGAGUAUUAUUUGCCCGAUGGAAUCAGUCCCACCUCCACCCAACCCCUUCUGUACAUAGCCGCCCCUUCCUGCUCCCCCUUCCUUGAGCUCCUCUUGCUUUGGGUCUGAUAUGACAGUGAUGUGGAGCUGCCCUGCCAACUCGGAGGCCCUGGCUCAGGAGCUUAUAGAUGGAGGAGGAGCUGUGGGCUGACUCCACCUCCCAGAAGCCCCUCUUGCCAAGCCUGGCCCUCUGGGGUUCCAGGGCCUUUGCUCUGAGCAUCUGGGUUUGUCUGAUCAAAAUAAAUCUACUCUGUUCAUGGAUUAUGGAAAUCAG